CGUAUUCGCGCAUAAAUAGACGAGUGCCUACACUUCUUCUCGUGUUUAUGUUGUGCAGCAGUCUGAAAAUAAUUUUUGGCUUUACAUAAGUUAUUCAGUUAAAAUUAGUAACUUUGACGUUAUCGUUGAGUGUCUCGUUGUAUCUAUCACGUUCGCGAUUUUUUUGUAAACAAUAUAUUAGUAAUAACCUAAUAACAUUCGCGUAUAAUAUCCAUCGUCGUUGUUCUCAAUCGGAACCAAAGUACCAUUUAUAAAGGAAUCAACAUAUUCAUACGAGAGAGAAACCUUGAUUGAAAAUAAAAGUUUGGUAAAAUGCUGGCCGUUUUCUAGCAUCGUUUUUGGCAGUUUUUCAUCGUAACGUGCAGUCUCUUUGGUCGGAGUGUCCCACGUAUGGCACGACACUUCCGAAGAGUUGAUUUUCGGCGUGAGCCGCCGGUACCCAGCCGCAUGAUAGAAUCCAUUUUUUCGUCUCUACGUCUUGCGUUCUCACGCAGACAGUUUCGCCGAGACCUGCAGGAAUGGCCGACCAAAUUAUGGACACUUAUACCGUUAAUGACUUUAGCCAAAUAAAUAGCCAAUUACGCGUUAAUGUUAAUAAAAAAAAUAUUAAUAACGAUAGUGCCCUUAGUAGUGUUGACGGCGACGAAGACGGUCACGGUGGCGUUGAUACCAACACCAUACGCGAAGUUGGUAGUAGUGAUAGCCGUUCACCCAAUCCUAACAGUAGUCCUGCAGGGUGCGAACAAGAUGCGUCCCUCCAACUCGCAACAAGUCCCCCCAACAGCAAAACAACUCCUCCCAGUAUUAUCGUCUCUCUUCCCAGAUCGAGAAGUAGCACCCCUCAACAUAAAAUCGGUAGCAAUGAAUCUUUGAGUAAAGUCCCUAAAGACGCCAAUAGUAGUAAACCCCAAGUAGUUGUCAAAAAAAAUAUUUAUGAGAAUGCAGUCGACGAUGCCCAUGAAACCGAUAGGUUAUUGGUAAAAAGUACUUCUAACGGUUCGGCCUUCUCGAAGCAGUCUCAACUUGACAGCAGAAAGACCUCCACCACAACUUUGGACAAGUCCCGUCGUAAAUCCGAGGCAGAUGAUGAACGUGUUUAUCAUGUGCAAUUUCAAAACGAAACGCCUAGUACUUUGCAAGUUAAAAAUCCUUCCCUCUAUUCGUCCAGUAUCCGGUCGAACUCUUCAAGUUCUUCCAGUUCCUCGGAAUCGAGUUCGAGUAGUGAGUCGGUCGAGAUAUCGGAAACCAGACCCCCGGACGGGGGAUGGGGUUGGGUGGUGGUCGCGGCAUCAUUUGUCGUGAAUCUCAUCGCCGACGGAAUUACUUUCAGUUUUGGCGUCAUCUUCGUAGAGUUUUUAAAAUACUUUGGAGAGAGCAAAAGUAAAACAUCGUGGAUUGGCAGUUUAUUCAUGGCGAUGCCUCUACUUUCCGGUCCCAUAGCUAGCUUCCUCACCGACCGCUACGGUUGCAGAAAAGUCACAAUUGUCGGCGCUUUCCUUGCUUGUAUCGGUUUUGUUACAAGCUCCUUCGUCAAUAGCAUUGAAGUGCUCCUGCUAACGUUUGGAGUAUUGGCAGGUUUUGGAUUAAGUUUGUGUUACGUAGCUUCUGUUGUUAUCGUGGCUUAUUAUUUCGACACUAGAAGAUCAUUCGCAACCGGAUUGGCUGUUUGCGGUAGUGGCAUAGGAACCUUCGUGUUUGCCCCCUUGACCCAGGUGUUGUUGGACGAAUAUGGAUGGCGAGGUACGACCCUCAUUUUGGCAGGAAUAUUCCUCAAUCUUGUUGUGUGCGGAGCACUGAUGCGAGACCUUCCCUGGACUAGGAUCACCAAGAAAAAAGAACGGAAAGAGCGGAAGGAAAAACGAAGGGCGAAAAGACGAAGGAACGGUUCUUCUGUCGAUACGUUUUCUGUAAGCAACAACAGUACUAAUACUGCGAGUGCCUUGCAGACUGUUAAUGAAACCAACGAGAAGGAUGGCGAAAAGGACGAUGCUGAAACCGAAAGGCUGUGCAGCUCGUUGGUCAAUUUACCAACGUUCGUACAUAACGGUGAAAAAGUACCAGUUGAAGUUUUAGAACUCCUAUCCAGUAACAAAGACGUUUACAACCUUCUGAUGCAAAAUUAUCCUGGACUGCUCGCACCUUCAAGGAGUUUCAGUGAUUCCGGACGAUUAAACGAACAACACCUGAAUUCUAAUGGAACUUCACAGCCCAUGACUCGUCAGGAUCUUCCUCCUCCUGUGCCUUCUCCUACACCAUCGCACACCGACGCCGCAUACCUUUGGUGGCUCAACAGGAACAACAUCACGCCUCCGAGGAUGAAUGCCCAGAAAAAGUUGCCCACGGCAUAUUUAAAAGAUCUGAAACUUCACAGAUUGUCGUUGACUUACAGAGGGGCAAUGUUGAAUAUCAAUAGAUACAGGUUGAGAGCAUCUUCCUGCCCUGACAUAUACCGGAAUUCAAUGACCACGAUAGCCAAAGAGAAAGUCCAAUGGUAUUCGGUACUGUGGGACUUCUGGGACUUGCUGGUCGACAUAAUUGACUUCUCACACUUUGCUGACAUGAAAUUUUUGCUCUUUUGCAUUUCCAAUUUUAUAUUGUACACUUGGUACGAUGUUCCCUACGUCUAUUUGGCAGACAACGCUGUCGAAAUCGGUUUCUCGAAGAAGGACGCAUCUGUUCUGGUCUCCGUGAUUGGAAUCGUCAACAUGUUCGGAGAGAUAAUACUGGGCUGGGCCGGAGACCGUCCAAAUGUGAAUUCUGGUUUGAUUUAUGCUACUUGCAUGGGUUUCUGCGGGGUGGUGUUAGCCUUCGUUCCACUGAUUAAGAGCUACUGGGGCCUUUGCGUGGUAGCGGGUCUGUUUGGAUUUUUUAUAGCCGCCAAUUAUUCCUUGACCUGCAUCAUCCUCGUUGAAUUGAUUACUUUAGAACGGUUCACUAAUGCCUAUGGUCUACUUCUCCUCGUCCAAGGAAUUGCUAACCUUGUUGGACCGCCUUUAGCAGGGUGGAUCUGUGACAUCACAGGUAACUAUGAUUUGUCGUUUUAUUUAGCUGGUUUCUUCAUUAUUGUGUCUGGCAUUUCGUUGGUUGUUUUUCCUGCACUUAAACGGUACAGAAAGUUUCACAAUUUGCAACGCAACGUUUCCGAACAAGAAGAAGACGCAGUUAAGGGACAAUCUGCUGCUGCUCCGUCUGAGCCCAGAUUUCACAAAAUCCUGCUCGCCUGUAUAACCGGGAGCGUUUCAAAAACACAACAACGACCGGAAGAAAACAGCGUUUAAUAAAUAAAAAAUAUAUUUGCGUGAUUUUCAGUAUUUGAAUAAUAAUUAUGUAGUACAUAGUUAAUGUUCACGUAGCAAUAGAUUAGUGAAAAUUUUUAAUCACCAACUAAUACAUACAUACAUACAUACAUACAUACAUACAUAUAUACAUAUUUAUAUCGCUUGAAUAAAUCUUAGCCCGUUUUAACAGGAAAAGUUUUGGGAUUUGUUAACAUUUAACUAUGCUCGUGCACAAUUACGCGAUUUCGAUUGAUAAAAUCAGUAGUGGUUACUAAUCAAUGCGGUAUCUUCGUCUUGUAGUGACAAACAGUUCAUAGGCGUCACAGUAAAGUUUAAAAAAGGUCCGAUGUUAAUUUCAUAUUUAACUAAAACAUGCUAAAUUCACACUAUAUAUAUAUAUACAUGUAAAGUUCUGUCGGUAUUUCUUUGAUCGAACAAUAAAAUAACACAUUCGUCGCCAUAGCAACACGGAAUUGAAAAUGGCCAAUAAGAAACUGUGCUUUCAACACUCGUGUUUGUUGCCAUAGAAACGGGAGCUAAUGCAGCCAAUAGAGGCCGAGUAUAAUUUCGAACACUAAAAGGACACUGUUGACACUCAUAUUGUUAAUUAAUAUGAAGAAAAAUGUGCUUAAGAUAAAACCACCUGUUAGUACUUUGUUGCAAAUUAUAUUUCAGUUCAUAUUUAAAAAUUUAGAGCAUGAACGAAUUGCCUCCUAGGCUGUAGGUUUCUUUAUAUCCGAAAACAUUGAGUUUUUUUAAUUAAUUAUUAUUAUUAAAUUAAUAUCUUCAUUGUAAAUACGUGAAAACAUCUUCACAUUGAUUGUGUAGCAUUAAAAUGUCUUGUUUUUAUUCUUUCAUUUUUUUUUAUCAAAAU